AUGGCGCAAGAGGUGCAGAACGGUGCCGGAGCUGACAACGGCUCGAAGGGUGAUGAGGUGGCCUCAGCGGUGGUCAAGCCGUGGUUGGUGGUGGAGGCGCCCAAGGCGAACGACGCCGUUCAGUUCUACAAGGCGGCGUUCGGAGCCGAGGAGGUGAGCCGCGUGAAUCAUCCCAAGAGGAAGGCGGAGCAGGAGAUCCCUCUCGUUCUCUCAGCAGAGCUCAAGCUCGGGACCUCUGUUAUUGUUGUCUCUGAUCUCACUGAUGACGACUCUUCUCUGGUGAAAUCUGUUGUGACCGGAAGCGUGUUCUGCCUUGAGACCGGUGAUGUUGAAGCUGCCGUCGCCAAAGCAGUGGCUGCCGGUGCUGUUGCCGAAGGCGAGAUCGCCGAGGGUGAGGGCGCGUUUUGCGGUGGGCGCGUGGGGAAGGUGAAGGACCCUUACGGCAACAUCUGGCUCAUCUGCGCCUCAUCCAAGAAGUGUGGUGACGUGGCAGCUUAA